AUGGCUGCUGAAGUAGGUAACCCUGUUAUACCUGGACAACGCCUUGGCAGUAUUGAUCAAUUCUCAGCUGGACUUGGAACCUAUGUUAGGCAAAGGCAUAUCUAUGCAAGCUUAGUAGGUUACAAAGAUAUUAUUAGCCAAGCUGGGCAGCUACCCAAGAUUCAGAUCAAGACCGGCAAUGUCUCCUGUAAUUUACCCACGAUUGGAAAAGUUGUUACAGCUAAGGUAUUAAACGUCAAUCCAAGAUUUUGUAGAGUGCUCAUUAUCUGCAUUGGAACGACGCCAUUAAAGGAACCCUUCAAAGGCACGAUAAGGAAAGAAGAUAUUAGAGCCACUGAGAAAGAUAAAGUUGAUAUGUACAAUUGCUUUAAACCUGGAGACGCAGUCUUAGCUGAAGUCAUAUCACUAGGUGAUCCAAGAUCUUAUUACUUAUCGACAGCAAAAAAUGAGUUAGGAGUCAUUUUCGCUAAGAGUACAGCCGGUCACCCGAUGGUUCCAAUCAGUUGGACGGAGAUGCAAUGUCCUCAUACGGAAAAAAUAGAAUUACGAAAAGUUGCUGGGAUAAAAUAUUGGACUGAUAGCUGA